GCCUAAAAAAAUUAAGCAAAUUUGCAGAAUCACAUGAGGUUCAUCAGCAUAUACUUCUUUGCUCUUCUGGUGUGCGACAAAAGCACCACUGCACACAAAAUGAUAUGCGAAGCAGAUGAUCUCGAAUGCCUUGAGACCCUUAUAGACAUUUACUGCAAAGAGGAGCCGUGCUUUAAUGAGGAGUGCUUCGUUGAAUGCAAGAAUAGAAUAGCGCAACGAUGGGACACGUUGACAACUGGGGAAGACAAAAAAGAAAGACGAAGAAGACACAUGACAAAGAAGCAAAACAAAAAGCCAAUGAUGACAAAUCAGCAAGACGAAAAACAAAGGCAUAGAAGACGGUCAACAAAGAAGCAAAACAGAAACCCGAUGACAAAUAAGCAAAACAAGAAACCUAGACAUUAAACCUGUCACCGCUUGUAUUAAUCGAUCAGCUAUUGGGGG